AUGAAAUUUUAUAAUUGAUUAGGAUGGCCGGUUUCAUUGCAUUUUCAGUCUACAUGUGUACAACAUUUGCACUUUAUGUUCCAGACUGGAACUUUGUCUAUAAUGAUGGAGAAACAGAUGGUGGAAAGACAUUUACGGUCAAAUGUGGCAAGAGAGGACAAUUAGGUCCUGCUUGUAAUGCAGUUGGUUAUGUUGAUAGGCAAGUCUGGGGUAUAAACCAUCUCUAUUCAUGGCCUGUAUGGAUACGAUCUCAGACGUGUACUAAUAGUUCUCCAUACUCGGGGCCUCUUCGUGAUGAUGCUCCAUCUUGGUGCCUUGGUCCCUUUGAACCGGAGGGCUUGUUAAGUUCAAUAUCAGCAAUCCUUUCAGCAACUGUUGGUGUCCACUAUGGACAUGUUCUGAUUCAUUAUAGGGUAAAGUCGUAAAAUCAUUGAAUUUUU